AAAAGGGAGAAGGGGAGGAGAAAGUGAGGAGGAGGCGGGAGCGCUCUGAGGGGGAGGGUGGGGAGCUCCUAAAUCCUAAAAUUCAGGGAUUUGGGGAGCUCAUGAAGCCUAAAAUUCAUGAGGGAUGGGAUCCUCUGAAACCUAAAAUUCAUGAGGGAUGGGAUCCUCUAAAAUCUAAAAUCCAGGAGGGAUGGGACCCCCUGAACCCCAAAAUUCAGGAGGGAUGGGACUCCCUGAACCCCAAAUUUGAGGAGGGUGGGGAGGCCCUAAAUCCUAAAAUUCAGGAAUUUGGGGAGCUCAUGAAGCCUAAAAUUCAUGAGGGAUGGGACCCCCUGAACCCCAAAAUUCAGGAGGGAUGGGACUCCCUGAACCCCAAAUUUGAGGAGGGUGGGGAGGCCCUAAAUCCUAAAAUUCAUGAGGGAUGGGACCCCCUAAAUCCUAAAGUUCAGGAAUGUGGGGAGCCCCUGAAUCCUAAAAUUCAUGAGGCUGUGGAUCCCCUAAAACCUAAACUUCAUGAGGGAUGGGACCCCCUAAAUUCUAAAAUCCAUGAGGGGUCGGACCCCUUGAACCCCAAAUUUCAGGACGGUGGGGACCCCCAAAAUCCCCAAAUUUAUGAGGGAUGGAACCCUUCAAACCCCAAAAGCGAGGCCGGGGAGCUGAGGAAGAGGAGGGACCCCGAGGGCCGGGCUGGGGAUGAACCCCAAGAACCAAAUUUGGGGUGAGGAUGAGGAGGGAGCACCCCAAAACUCGGGGUGGGGGAGGAACCCCAGUGGAAAAUGGGGGAAAAAACGCCCUGAACCCCAAAAUCCCAAAUAGGGGAACUUUAAUAGCCCCGAAUCGGGGGGACCUCCGGGUGAGGAAGAGGAGGAACCCCAAAAAUGAGAAUUUAGGGGGGUCCCCACCCCCCUGAACCCAAAUAAUCAGGAAUGGGGAGGAUUUGGGGGCUGUGGACACCCCCUGGGUUUUUUUUUUUAGGGGUGUGGGGCUCUGUUUUUGGAAAGGGCCCCCCUAAAAUUGAGACCAAUAAAAGCCUUGAGUGACGCUCCCGGUGUGUUUGGCUUGUGGGGACCCCAAAUGGACAGAAACCACCCCAAAAGUGCCUCCCAAAGCCUUGAGAGUGAAUAAAACACAUCUAAAAUGGAGCCGGAUACCAAAAAUGGAUCAAAUCUCCCUGAACUGACCUGACCCUGCGGCACCCCUGAGGGGAAUCUCUGAGGGAAAUGAGGCAAAGCUGGAGGCAAAUCCUUGAAAUGUGCAAAGAACUCGGGCCGGGAGUCUCCAAGGAGAUUUUGAGCGUUCCCUGAGGGGUUUUAGGGUGGAUUUGGGGCGUCCGGAGGGGAUUUUUGAGUUUUUGGGGGAGGUUUCAGCGACGUUCUCAUCUCCCCUCACGGCUCAAUAUGGCGGCAAGGCGGGAAACCGCCACUUCUGGCCUCGCCCCGCUGAGGAAGACGGGUGAGCCAAUCAGAGGAGGGAAAGAGGGCGGACUACAGCGCUCGGCGAAUCAGAGCGCGACAACGGGGCGGAGCAAAAGCCUGAGCGAAUCAGAGAGCGAGAAAGGGCGGAGUGACAGGAGCUCGACCAAUCAGAACAAAGAGGCCGGCAGGGAAGUCGGUGCGGCCGCGGUGCCUCAGAGCCGCGGCCUUGUCCCGCCGCCGCCGCCGCCAUGAACAUCCUUCCCAAGAAGUCGUGGCACGUUCGGAACAAGGACAAUGUGGCGCGGGUGCGGCGGGACGAGGCGGCGGCCGAGGUGGAGAGGAGGAAACGCGACGCGCGCGCGCUGCGGGCGGAGCAGGAGGUGCGCACGGAGCUGCUGCGGAAGCGGGCGCGGCUCGGGGGGCGCAGCCCGUCCCCCCCCGCGGCCCCCGCGCUGUUCCCGCCGCCCGAGGAGGCGGCGCCCAACCGCGAGCACGAGGCGGAAAAAAGGCGGGAACAGGAACGCCGGGAACGCGCCCUGGGGGUCCUGACCUACCUGGGGCAGAGCGCGGCCGAGGCCCAGACCUGCCCCCCCUGGUACCUGCAGCCCCCCAAAAAACCUGGGGAGGGGUCCCCAGAGGUGCAGGGGGGGCGCAAGGCCCUGCUGGACCCCCUGCAGGAGAUGAGGAAGGGGCUGCGCCGAGCCCCCAGCCCCAAAAAACCCCCAAAUCCCCCCCAGACCCGGCCCCCCAACGCCCCCGAGAGCGGCGCGGCAACAGGGCUGGCGGAGCUGCGGCGGCAGCGCCGGGCCCGGGAGGCGGCGGAGGCGGAGCGGAGCCGGGAGCUGCUGGAGAGGCUCCGGGACCCCCAAAAACCCACCGGGACCCCCCAAAAAUCCGCCCGGGACCCCCCCCCGGAACGGCAGCGGCCCUACAACAGCCAGUUCCACCCGCGGCUGGCGCGGGGGGGGCCGAAAGGUACCCCAAAAUUCACGUAAGAGACCCCAAAA